CUCAAAUAGAUGGUACAAGUGAAAAUGUCCAAAACAUCCGCAGACCCGCUGUCUGGUGUCGAGAGCGCCUCUCAGUCGCAUUAUUUUCAGUUGCCCAGAAAGUUGCCAAAGCGCAAGAGUCGAUUUAAACGCUCAGAUGGCAGCACUUCCUCUGACACAACAUCCAGCUUCAUUAAACGACAGGGUUCAGCUGAUUCAUAUACAAGCAGACCUUCAGAUUCCGACUUGUCAGCAGAGGAGGAUCGCGAGGCGUAUCGGCAUGAAACAGAGCGCCAUGCUCAGCUACAGCUAGAGAGAGCCAAGUCUAAACCUGUGGCUUUUGCAGUGAAGACAAAUGUAAACUACUGUGGCGCUCUGGAUGAGGACUGUCCUGUUCAGGGUGCUGCCAUUAACUUUGAAACCAAAGAUUUUCUGCACAUUAAAGAGAAAUACAAUAAUGACUGGUGGAUUGGAAGAUUGGUGAAAGAGGGGGCUGACAUUAGCUUCAUACCCAGUCCUCUUCGUUUGGAAGCCAUGAGACUGAAACAGGAGCAGAAACAGAGGAAAAGUGGAAGUAAUUCCUCUUCCAAUCUGGGUGACAUUGUGUCCGGAGGCUGGAGAUCCACACCUCCGUCUGCAGGUGAGACCAAACAGAAGCAAAAGCAGACUGAACACAUUCCUCCAUAUGAUGUGGUCCCAUCCAUGAGGCCAGUGGUUUUAGUUGGACCAUCACUUAAGGGCUAUGAGGUGACUGAUAUGAUGCAGAAAGCUUUAUUUGAUUUUCUUAAGCACCGCUUUGAAGGACGAAUUUCUAUUACACAAGUAACAGCUGACCUGUCAUUAGCCAAGCGAUCAGUCCUCAAUAGGAGACCCAUCAUGGAUCGGUCCAACACGCGCUCUAGUUUGGUGGAAGUGCAGAGCGAGAUUGAGAGGAUAUUUGAGCUGGCUAAAUCUCUCCAACUGGUUGUACUGGAUGCAGACACUAUUAACCAGCCAAGUCAACUGGCCAAAACAUCACUGGCGCCCAUAAUUGUUUAUGUCAAAGUUACAUCACCAAAGGUUUUACAGAGGCUAGUAAAGUCGAGGGGUAAAUCCCAGAGCAAACAUUUAAAUGUACAGUUGAUGGCUGCAGAUAAACUGGCACAGUAUCCACCUGAGAUGUUUGAUGUCAUCCUUGAUGAGAACCAAUUGGAAGAUGCCUGUGAACACCUAGCUGAAUACCUAGAGGUCUACUGGCGUGCCACUCAUUUGCCAGGCACUGCUCCUCUGAACCCACUAUUGGAGCAAAAUCUGAUAACUCCACCUUCAGCUAUCUCCAGUCUUCAGAAUCAGCAGCUUUUGUCAGCGGGGGGUGCGGGUGGAGGUGAGGAAGAGGAGGAGGGUGAACGUGACAGCCUCAUGCCCUCAGAUGAGGCUAGUGACACACGUUCCCUUUGCCAAGCUGCCUCCCACUCCCUGUAUCCCCUGGAGGAUGAGGAAGAGCAUGAAGGGGAAGAGGAAGAAUAUGAGUCUCCCCAGCACUACCGCUCGUACAGAGACGUAUACCCAGGUCGCAAUCACUCUGGUGGCAACCACAACGCCAACGGGCAUGAGGCCCAGGACCGGCUGCUUCAGCAACGAGACUUGAAGUCUGUACACAGUCACUGGAACAGCCGUCAGCGUGUGCAUGCCUGGCCACGAGAUAACUACUGACACUAAUGAUGGAUUAGACGUGUAUGCAAGAGAAAGGAAAUAUAUAUUCAUGUUUACGAACUUUGCCAUGGUAGCAAAGUUGCAUGUUUUCCAAAUGCUGAGAAAACACUAAUGUUAGUUAAUUAAUGUUAGCUCUUAUGUCUUGACAACAUUGUACCACUAAAAUUGUCCCAGAGAGUAUUGGUAAGCUUUCCAAAAAUUCUUAAUUGUACCCAAUUUAAAAUAGUACCUUUUUUAAAAAAUGCAUUUCUAUAAUAGAAGGUGGAUAAAGUUAUUCAGGUGUUAUCCUGGUAUAUGCACUGCCAUAAAUUACAUCAUGCUGAACUGAAUAUCUAUAAAGCAGGUUACUAAUUCAUUUAAAUUUUUUUCCAUAGUCUACUAUAUUCACCCUACUUUUAAACUACAGGGGUUAUUCACAUAAAAGGGCACUGGCACCCAGUGAGCUGUAAUUGAAGACUUGUCAUUUGUGAGGCCCAGCUGUUAUGCAGAGACCAGAUUCUUAAAACCCUUGUUCAUGUAACUGGGCAUAAAUAGUUGGUUAGUUAGUUAAAAAAAAUAAUUAUUAUAUGAAAAGUUUGAGUCUGUUGCACUUUAAAUCUCUGUCCCCUGCUCUAGUUUCUGGGAUGACAUUAUUACUUUCAAACUGCAAUGAAAUUUUAUCAUGUAAUAUUGUUAUUAAAGGUCAUCUAGCAUCACUCAGUGUAAAAGAAAUCAUAGUGAUGAUCAAAAAUCAAGAGAAAUGGGUAAUAUUAAUAGGUAGCAUUUAGUUUCAUCAUACCUGAGACCAUCAACAUUAUUCUAAUUAGUUUUUUAAAGCAUCCAGAUAACUAUAAAAAUACAACACAUGGGCAUUUUUUGUUAUUAUUUUAGUUGCAGUUUUAUUAUGCAGCAGCACUACCCCUACAACCCUAUUGUAAUAACCAUGUAUUUGCUGUUUGCGUGUAUCCCUUCACCUUUAUUCUGUCUUUCGAUCAUUUUAAUGUUGGGCCUUUUUAUCCAAAUCAUCUUAUGGGACCCUGGCUUGUACCUAACGCAAAUUCUCACUUAUGGAUAGGACAUAAAAAAUACCCUAGAAGAAGAAUUUCAUUGCACUGUAGUUUGUGUGCACAGUAGGACUACUCAUAUUGAUUUUUGGAAUUAAUUAGGCCUUGUGGUUUUGUUACUAUGACACAGUUAUUUGCAUAUAUGAAAAAAAAAAUCUGUGCCACAUUUAAAUAAUUACAGAGUAUGUGUAAUGGAUUAGCACAUCGUCCAGGGUGUAUUCCCACAUUUUGCCAAGUUUUUCCUGGGCUCUGCUCCCACCAUGAUAAUGAUAAAAUUGAAUGGUUGGUGUAUUGCAAUAUCACAUAUUUGUAAUGCCAAUAACACAUGACAAGAAUGUGAAGAAUAUCUUAAGUAUUAUUUGUGUCUCAAACAAAGAAAUUGACAUAAAAUGCUGUAUCAGACUUAGGACUCCAAAUUCUGCCAAUUUUUUUAAGUGAAAAAUUACCAUCACCGAUAGUAGACUGUUAACUGACAAUUUUAUAGUGACCAAUAAAAAUAUUAAACAAAUCAGUUCAUCAACACAGCUUUAUUCCUACCUAUAUAAAAACUGCAUAAAGUGGCAGUAAAGUAAAAUAGUACCAAACAUUUCAUUCCCAAUGCAGAUUUUAUACAAAAUAAUUUGGUAGCCAACAGUCCAGUGCAGCUAAAUAUGCUAAUCUGGAUUCAGCCUGUAUUUUAACAAUGUCACACAUGCUGUGCAUGCAUGCUGGAGGUGGCAGAUUUCUUCUGAGUCAGAUUUUUAACCUAGCAACGAUAUUCUCACUCAGUGGUGUAAAUAAAUGUGAGACAUCUGCAGCUUUAAUUUCAACUUAAAUUCAAAUAAAAGUGGUGAUUAAAUGGUAACUUAUCUGUAAUUAGAUCUGGUCUAGUCAUCUAGACAUAAUACAUGUACAGUAUCUCCUGCAGUUCCUGCUGUAAAGCUUGGCUUUAUUUAGGUUUUUUUUCCUUCCACAUACUCAUACAGAACUUAAAGCUUUUGUAGAAAAACAAAACAUACCCAUCCUACUUUAUAUUUAAAAAAAUAUAUAAUAAGCAUCUUAGAGUAGCUACUGUAAACAGUUUAAAAUAUGACAAAAAUGCUCAUGGCUGCAUCUGACUAUAGUUACACAACUUAGCUAGUAUAGAAGAACACCAACUAGCUUUAACUUUUGGUAAUGCUGCAUGAAUGUUAUGGAUUUAUGUAGGACAAUUUGCACAUUAGGGUCGAAAAUAACUAUAGGAUAUAUUGAGAAUGUUUGAGUAGACUAAAUCUACUCUGAUUUCUUUUUUUUAAUCUGCAACUGGAUAAUAGUAAUGCACCUGCAUAUGUGUACUGUAAAUACUGAAUGGCACAUGGUAUUAAAUAUAAA